AAGCGCCAAACACCAAACGCCUAACGUAAGGUUAACGCACAACGAUUGAGCUCUGAAUCCGCCAAUUUGACGCUAGGGUCUAUUUACAGACCCGCCAUGUUCGGCAUGGUGUACGUUUGUUGUUGAACAGCUUGUUUCACACUCUCGAACUCUUAGAAUGCAAGAUACGCGCAAACUACUCUCUCGACUCUCCCUUAUCUUUCUCUGCACAGUUACUGCAGAAUUCUGAGAGUAGCGACCCGGCUUGAGAAAGCUUUUUCUCGCGCGCUCACGGGUUUAUCUGGACCGUUCCACCCAAACGUGACUUGAAAUUUUAAUUACAAAUGCUAGUUCUUGGUUUUUCUUCUUUCUCCGAGGUUUGUUUUCCAGUUUUACUGGUUUUUCUGGCUACAGAAAAAAAUAAUUUCAUUACAAAUUUCUAUCCCAUCUUGGUGUGAUUGAAUUUAUCCUCUUAAGACAAGGUAAUUUUGUUUUAGACGGUAAAGCCAUUAUAGAAUCAGUCACUGUUUACUUACUUAUUUUUUGUUUUCUAAAAUUAAGGUUCCUUGGUCUGGAUUUCUUGUUAAUUACGCUCACAAUUUUUUUCUAUUCCUAUUACAGCUUACUAGUUCAUCAGAUGUUAACGUGUUCCAUCAAACAGGUAACUUGUCUGUACUGGCUUUUGUGGCUGAACCGAGAUGGUAGAUUAGCGGGUCAGUGAGGCACGAGAAGGGCCCAGGACACCCACCUUUUUAAAGAAAUGUAACAAAAUGCCACCGCCCUACUAGUUUACAUACAACGAAAACACUGUGAGAAUCGGCUGUCACCAUGCCGCAGGCCCCUUGCCACUCUCCCGCUAAUCCCCUGCGCCGGGGAGUAACGGUAGAAAAGGAAUUGGUCUUAUUAUAUGACUAAGAGAGUUACUUGGUUAUGAUUGGUUGAGAACAGGCCAAUCCAUCAUUAAUUUUAAAUUUCCUUUGCAGUUCAAAUUAACGUGACGCUUUUGUUAUUUCCUUAGUCAUAACUUUGAAUUCACUUUUGUCCAUAAUCCCUUGGAGUAAUGGUCAUAUUAAUCAUCGUAUUACUCGUGACAUUUGACAAUUCUUUCAACUUACACUCGCCUAAAGACUUGUGCAAUUUUGACAAAAUUUUCAAACAUCACUCGGAGUGGAGAUCCUUGAUUGUACUCGCAUUCAUACGAUUACCUUUAGGAGUAAUGACAUACGCGCAUUACUGACUUACUUAAACAAGUGAUUUUUUUUGUGACAGGCGCUGUGGCGUGGAUCACAAUCACCGCUGACCACAAACUGGAGCAAAUUGAAUUUUCAAGAGGAGCUCAGCUAGUCAUCGCUGGCUCAGCUAAGAACCUAACCGUCGACAGCAUAACGGAUGACAAUACUGGCCACUUGUAUCUUCUAUCUUCCGUUCAACUUCAAAUAAACAGUCUUCUGUCGCCUUGCGCGCAAAUAUUCCACGGUGCAGAGCUCCUCUUGUCCGAUAUAAAACCAAAUGUUUCCUUGGAGCGCUCUGUUGAUAUAUACGGCGUGCUUACCAUCAAGGGAGACCCCACCGUCUACAUAGGAAAGGAACAGGGCGUGGUCACAAUGCAUCCGGGUUCUGGUCCCAAUGAGCUGAAGUUUGGAGAACUCAUCAUCGAAUCGAUGGGUCAUUUGCAGUUGUUGAACUAUGAUACACAAUCUCCAGAGUCCUGUCGAUGGUCGGUUUCUACAUCAGGAUCUAGAUUCAUACUGAGCGAUAGUUCAAAGAUGGACAUCAAAUGCCCGUGUAAUCUUACGGGUGAUCAGAUGACCAUGGGGCUCAAUUCCGCGCUGAAAAUUGAAGGCAACAGUUCUGUAUCUUACGUUUCCAUGAACGACGUCAAGAUAAGCGGGAUGUUUGACCCAGGGGUGCUUUCCCUGUUAGACGGGUGGAAAACCCUAAGGAUUGAAAGAUACGGUGAUUUGAGUUUCUUUCCUUACGGGGAUGCGAGACUUGAUACGUUUUACUCCAACGGAAAUUUUCACGUCGAAGGAGCUGUGUUCUUCAGAGGAAGAGAUCCAGCCGUGACUAGAACAAUCGAAGUUGACGAGUAUGGCAGCGUACAGUUUGAUUUGCCUCUUACGUCGAAUUCUUUGGCUUUUGUGCAAAACAACUCGCAGGAAUUCGGCUCCCACGGCAGACAUUCCCUGAACGGAACUUCACUAGUUCAUGCAGAUAUCGUUGUAGUCGAUGGGACGUGGCUGCCGAAAAAGCUUAAGAUCGAACCGGGAUGGAAAGAACUGACUGUAGAACAAGGUGGCAUGUUUCACUUUGACCCUGUAGGUGAAUUUCACCUGAACAGGUUUCAUCUCAAUGGUGAUGUAAAAUCGUUGAGUGCUGUGAAAAUGGCAGGCUUGUCCCAAGAGAGAAUUCUUCAAUGUGACGUUGGAUUUUACGGUGUGGUACUCAUCGAAUCCGUGGAUCUUACAACGAUUCCUUGCCAUGAAGUGUUUCUGUCAGGAACUCUGCGUGUCGGGAACUUGUCAAUAGGCACAUUAUGGGAUGAUCUAACAGUGAACGACACUAACGGGAGAUUUUACUUCGAGACUUCUGAGCCGCUGAACAUCAAUCGGACACGCGUCAGCGGAUUAAUGGAGACUGCAUCAGCGGUCGGACCCAGUGCUCCCUUAACUGGUGAUUCGUUUGUCAUAGAACCAACAGGUGAAGUCAGCAUUCACUAUCGAGCCCAGCCUUCCACAGUUGUUGACGGCGCAAUCAAUUCCACAUUCCACGUGACUACAGUUCAAGUGGAUGGUUUUUUUAAACUUGGUUCGCUGUACCUUGUCACCGACAACCUUAAUGUCGGAUCAUCGGGGCACAUUUCAGUGGAUGGUGGCGGUGCUCUCGGAGGAAUGGGGGCUGGAGCCGGAGCUCAAAAAGACAGCGGAGGCGCUGGGGCGAGUCACGGAGGUCGAGGGGGACGUGGGACACAGACACUGGCGCAGAGCCUGAUCUAUGGUGACAUUUUCACACCAGGAGGGUGGGGAAGUGGCGGUGGGAAUGGCAGUGGAAACACAGGUGGCGGACGCGGUGGUGGACGAAUUUUUCUUCAAAUCAGCGACUCGUUUAAUGUUAACGGGUUAAUUCAGACGAAUGGGCUUCCUGGACAGACCUCGACGAGUGGUGGCGGAAGUGGAGGGUCCUUGUGGGCAACCUGUCAUCAAUUUACCGGAAGUGGCAAAAUUGAGGCCAAAGGUGGUGAUGGGAACUAUUAUAGCGGUGGUGGCGCUGGAGGAAGAAUCACUGUAAACUACGUCAUCGGCGGUUUCCAUAGCGACCAAACAGAUGCAAGUGGGGGAAAGAAAGGAUCUGCGAGCAAUGUAGAACCUGGAGGGCCUGGGGUAAUAUACUUGGAUGGGAAAAUGCCCGUGGUCAAAAACUUACGCAUUGACAACAAAGGACUAAAACCCCUGGCUACCCUUAGCAAACAUUACGAUCAGUUCAUAUACACAGGAGCCGUAGCAUAUCUCAACCCUCCUUCGGACAAUUUUGUCUACGACUUUACACUGAUCGAAGUCUAUGGUGGUGGUCAACUGGUUUUCCCGCGCGCGGGAACCCAAGUGCAUGUGGAUACCAUAUAUGGUGAUGACACUGGUUACAUCCACGUGCCACCUUUCAAUACACUUAACAUGACGGGAACGUCGGAAUACAAACGGAUCAACGUGACGUGGGUGCCAUUUAUUUACGAAAACGCAACCUUUGUUUUACCAAACGGAACUGUAGAAAUACGCAGAGCGGAAAGUUUAAGUUAUCCGAGUAUACAGCGAAGCUCCGAGAUCAACUUCUGGGGAACCGUGUUGGGUUUUAAAGCGCACCUCAUGGUGGCUUAUGGAGCAACCGUUUCUUUUGAAGAGUCCUCUCCACGCAAUUUAAACUUUGUUGGCAUAACAGUGCAAAAAACAAGUCGACUUCUCCUGAAGAGCCUGCUGGGAGAUGAAUCUGAUGGCUGGACGGUAGAGGUUACUAAGGAUCAUGGACCGGUUUAUCGCGAAGGAGUGGUGACUAUAGAGGGUGACGGAACAUUUGAAGCUCGAUCGCUGACGAUGAAAGCUGAGUCACUCGUGGUAGAUCCACGCGGCAAAUUGACACUUGAUGGGCAAGGAUACCUCGCUGGUACUGGGCCUGGGUCUGGACCUGCAUCCUCAGAUGGCUCAGGAGCGGGAUAUGGUGGUAGUGGUGGGAAGGGAAGAGUAACCAUGGUAACUGGUGUGCCGUAUGGAGAUUACAAAAACCCUGGUGUUUUUGGAAGUGGCGGUGGACUGGGCUCCAGUGCUGGUACAGGAGGUGGAGUGUUGUCGUUAGAAAUAGUUGACACCUUAGUUGUUGAAGGGAGCAUAACUGUCAGUGGGAACAGUGGUAUUCAUAUCUAUACUAUAGUUUUAGGCUCCUUUAGUUGUAUACCAGCAAAAGCAUUAUUCAGCACUGGUGUAGCAAGAAAGCUCAGUCGCUUAAGAGUGGCGUGGGAAGCGAAACAAAUCGACGUGUAUGACCCUGAAGUGAAGACGUACACCUUUAAAGUGAAUGCAAACCGGAGACCUCAUGGACUGAAGGUUUAUAGCUUUGUCGGCGAUCGCACAGGAGUUCUCCACGUGGGACCAAACCAAAUCGUGAUUGGUCAGUUUGCCGAUCAUGAGUUAUUCGAAGUAAACGUGUUUGUUUACAAAGACGGGCACUUUCACUUACCACCGGCGUUCACGUGUUAUGGAAUUGAUAUCACUACUAGGGGAUACCUUGGCGUUGAGGACAUGACAGUCGCAAAAAGCUGUCGACUCUUCCUCGCUCUGACAGGUUCCACGGAACUCGCUAACAGUGAAGGCACUUACAGAUUUCAUUCGCUCACCGUGGCUGACGGGGGAGAGGUGACUUCCACUCCAGAUGUCAAUAGCAACUCGCUAACACUGGACAUCGAUGACGUCGCGAUUCAGGGUGGUGGAAUUCUCCACAUGGUGCGCAUGCGGAUUUUGGCUGGGAACUUCACUGUGGAUGAUCUGGGACAUGUUCGAGGCGACACGCUCGAUAACAGUUGUACCACCGGCGCAGGCAUCGCAGGUGCAGAUGGGUCCUCGGGUGCAGGGCAUGGUGGGAAUGGAGGACGCGGAAGGGAUCAAACACGUGUUGGAGUGGCAUACGGUCACGUGUACGAACCUGAACACUUUGGGUGUCGAGGUGGUGGCACAGGGGGAUUGGGCGGAGGUAUAAUACGCAUGUCCGUCAGGGGAAACCUGCAAAUUGACGGAAAGAUCAGCUGCAACGGUGCUGCUGGUCAGCAGUCUCGCUCUGGAGGAGGAAGCGGCGGAAGUAUAUGGAUUGACACCAAUUUAAUGAAGGGAUACGGAGCUGUGCAGGUCAAUGGAGGACGCGGCAAUGUGGAGACACUACACAAUUUGUUCCAUGGCGGCGGGGGAGCAGGAGGUCGGAUAGCAGUGUACUUCCGAAGUAACAGGACCUACAGUGGGGUGUUUGAAUCCUUGGGGGGAGAUGCUACCGGGGAAGCUCUCCCUGGUGGAGCCGGGACCGUGUUCCUGUACCAUCUCAUUCACAAACACCGCACACUUCUGUUAAACAAUGCCGGCAGAAAGACCCUCCCUGCCGAACAUAGAAUCAUUAACGACUACUCAGACCCAUCUCUGAUAUCAGGUAAAACGUGGCUCCUUCCAAGCUCUGGAGAAUACAACUUCUCGGGCAACCAAAAUUAUCACUUUGAAGAGCUACAAAUUUAUGGUGCUGCCCAGUUGGCCAUCUUAACCGAGCCGCACAAUCGGUCCGCAACGAUUUUUUUCCGAAACAUGAUCGGUGAUCGCACAGGGACCAUUCAUGUCGGCCACAACCAGACCAUGGAUUUGAUCCGACCAAGUAUCGAUUUACCGUUCAGUGUUCGUGUUUACCGAGGCGGGUUUCUCGGUCUAGCUCCAUCAACAGAAGUUCACGGAGUUGAGAUACAUGUAGAUGGUGUGAUAUCGUACAUCAGAAACUUAACAUUACAUCAUGGCGGACUGUUGGCGUUGAGGGAAGACUCGCGGACUGGGAACGAGGCAAUGGAAAACGAUUUCAAGUUUGACUUUAUCCGUGUGCAGUUUGAAGGUGUCGUUCAAAUGAUGUCGUCACCUGUAACACAUAAUGGGAUGAAUUUGACCGUGCGAGUACUGCAUAUCGAGGGUGGUGGUAAAGUAGAAGGAAGUGAUCUUCGAAUCCUUGCUGAAAACAUCAGUAUCAACACAGAGGGUCUUUUGACAGUUAGUGGCCACGGGUAUAGACAUGUUGAUGGAACGGGCAAAGGUGUUCAUGGGACGAUCAACCGAGGACUUGGGCCUGGAACUGGCGUGGCAGCCUCUGGUGGAGGUCACGGGGGCACCGGAGGAAGGGGAAAGAGAACGCCUAAAGUAGGCUUACCCUACGGAAACAUGUACGAACCAAUAGAGUUUGGAAGUAGUGGCGGAGGAGCUACUGGAAAACAAGGUGCUGGGGGUGGAACAAUUUUUUUGAACGUCACCAAUCUUUUGGAAAUCGAUGGUGCUCUCUCGGCCGACGGUGCUGACGCACAACCCCAGGGAGGAGGAGGCAGUGGCGGUAGUGUAUGGAUCUACUGCUACAUCAUCAAAGGAUUCGGAAAGAUCACUGCUAAUGGCGGCUCAUCUCCAGAAGAUACUUCGGUUAAUCAUUAUCACGGGGGUGGCGGAGCAGGCGGACGUGUUGCUGUCUACUUCACGAAGAACGAUACUUUCUCCUACUUCAGUUACCAAGCUCAUGGAGGACAAGCCAAGGAAGGUCUACAGAAUGUGGAAAAUGGCGGACCAGGGACUGUGUUUCUGUAUCAUUUGGUGCAUACCCAUCGCACAUUGCUCAUUGACAACAAUGGUGGCAAACCGCUGAAUAAACAUAUCAACUACGCUAAGUUGGACGAAGAAGGCGGCAAGGCGUGGGUGAUGCCUGAGUCAGGAAUCCAUCAUUUCGCUGCCCAGGAACACAAGUUUCACUUCGAGGAGUUACAGAUCUACGGCAGAGGGCAUCUGGGUGUUUGGCCUCGCGCGGGGAACGACUCAAGAAAUGUCUCGCUCUUCUUUAGAUACAUGAUCGGUGAUAGGAGCGGUAUGGUGCAUAUAGGAGAUAAGCAAGUUAUGGACUUGAAACGGCCUGAGAUUGAUCUCCCCUUCAGUGCGCAAGUCUACAGCGGAGGGUUUCUUGGUCUGGCCCCUGACACGGAAAUCCAUGGCGUGGAGAUUAUCGUGCGAGGUAUUCUGGCCUACAUUCAAAAUAUCACUUUGCACCAUGGUGGUGAGUUGUGGUUGAAUCAUGGCGGACAGACAGACAGUGAGGUAGCCAACCAUUACGACUUUGACAUCAUCCGAAUCCAGGAUACAGCAAUCAUCCACUGUGUCACAUCUCCGAUUAAUGACCCAGGCAUUAUUUUUACAACUCGCGCGGUGUACAUUGAAGGAGGGGGACUGAUGCGAGGUUCCCGCCUCACAUUUGUGACAGAAAAUAUCACAAUCGACGAUGGUGGGUCGCUGAUUGCGGAUGGUCUUGGUUACAAUACGUCACAUGGUUACCAAGGAAACGACUUUUACGGGUCCCCGAUCAAUCCCGGCCACGGUAUUGACGAUAACGAAGGAGCGUCCGGAGCUGGUCAUGGCGGCAGCGGGGGACGAGGAAGCCUUACAUCGGGGACUCCUAAAACGGGCUUCGCCUACGGGGAUUUAUACGAGCCGUACAUAUUUGGUAGUGCGGGUGGUAAGGGCUGGAGUGGCACCCGAGGGGGUAAUGGUGGGGGUAUGCUGUGGAUGAACGUGACAGGACUGAUCGAUGUGGAUGGUUUGGUGUCAGCUAAUGGUGAAGAUGCGUUAUCACUGACCGGAAGUGGAGGUGGUAGCGGUGGAAGUAUCUGGAUGUUUUGCAAGACCAUCAGAGGUUAUGGCAGAAUAGCGGCUAAUGGAGGGGCCGGCUCGAGUCACAUUUCAUACCCUGGGGGUGGUGGAUCGGGAGGCAGAGUUGCUAUAUACUUUCAGGUGAAUGAGACAUCCACGUACUUCGUGUAUGAGGCGCGAGGUGGAAGGGCUCUUGGAUGUGAGGUUGGCAAAGAGCAUCUCUGUAAAGCCGAGGCUGGUGGCCCGGGUACUGUAUUUCUGUAUCACAUGAUUCACACGCACCGCACUUUACUCAUCCACAACGGAGGACAAAAACCACUGGUAUCCGCAAUAGCGGACUACAAUGAUUUAACAGCAGACGGCUGUCGCGCUUGGAUUUUACCACAGUCAGCAAAUCACGACUUUGCUGGGAAGGGACGUGAUUUUCACUUUGAAGAACUUCAGAUCUAUGGAGGCGGUCAUCUGGCUUUACUAACCGAACCAGUUGCGCGUAAUGCGUCGCUGUUUUUCCGUCACAUGAUCGGGGAUCGUACCGGUACCCUCCACGUCUCGACCAAUCAAGUCAUGGAUUUACACCGGCCGGAAAUAGAUAUCCCGUUUAGUGUACACGUCUACGCCGAAGGAUAUCUCGGCCUGGCGCCGUACACGGAAGUCCACGGCGUAACGUUGUUCAUUUCCGGCACGGUAGACCACAUUCAGAACAUGACGAUACAUCACGGCGGAGCGUUCUGGAUGUAUCACGGCGGAAACACAGCCAAUCAAACCAACAGUUCGUUCGAAUUUGAUACCGUUCGAGUGCAGGACAACGGCGUCAUGCAAGCCUUCACUUCUCCAAUCAUUCAUCCUGGAAUCACUAUCAUUGCCAGAGCAUUCUUUAUCGAGGGAGGCGGACUGUUCCAUGGCACAAGAAUGACUGUUCUUGGAGAGAAUAUCACCAUUGAUGACGGAGGCCUGAUGUCGGCGGAUGGCCAAGGAUACAACAGGAGUCACCCACAAGGAUCAGCACUUCACGGCAUCAUCAACCCAGGCAUCGGAUCCUCAAACAUCUACGGUUCCUCAGGCGCUGGCUGUGGAGGCCGAGGGGGACGAGGCACACAUUCCGCAGUUGUCGGAACUGCUUACGGAGAUCUAUACGAACCCGUCAGAUUCGGAAGCUCGGGCGGAGGAGAGAAGUCAGGAAGAGGAGGUGGCGUGAUCUGGUUCAAUGUCACCAACGUCAUUCAAAUAGACGGCGAGGUUUCUGCGGACGGACUCGCUGGCGGUGAUUCUGGUAGUGGAGGCGGGAGUGGAGGAAGCAUCUGGAUGCAUUGUUACCGAAUGAAAGGUGCGAAUGUAAAAUUGGAUGUCCUCGAUUGCUUAGUCUCUUUUUUUUGUCGGUUUCAAGGUUGUUGCAGUCCUGGGGUAUUUUCUAUAUUUCCAGUUAUUUGAUCAAUAGAAUUCUCCUAAUAUACUUUUUCAAAGUUUGCGUUCUGAAUGUUCUCGCCAUCGCAUACUAUUUAACAAUUACAUUAUGAUGAGACCGAAGGCCGAAUCAUCUAUCAUCUCAUAG